AUGGACAGUCCAGCUGCUGCCGCCGACGACAAGUCGCGAGCUGCCGCCCAGAACAGGGUGCGACGUCGCAACCGGAUGAUUACAUCGUGUCUGGAGUGCCGGCGCCGAAAGUUGAAAUGCGACAAGUUACACCCCUGCACGAAUUGCAGCAAGUUCUCGCGCGACUGUCUCUUCCUAGCCCCGGCGCUGGACUCGGUCUCGCAGCAGCGCCUCAACGAGAUCAAGGAGAAGAUGGGCUCGCUUGAGCGCGUACUUGAGCAGGACGUUGCGCGCAAAGACGGGAAAACCGUGUCCACCUCCUCCCAGAAGCCGCAAAGGAGGACGUCGGCUGACCUCCCUGGCGGCGAAGAGAGCAGCUCCGACAACGAGGCCGCGGUCCCAGAAGACGAAAAAGGGCUUGAGCCGACACCCCUGGCCGUCAUCGACGCUUCGUACGAAGACGAUGCUAACGACGACGUGCUCGACCUAGGGAUCAAGAUCGGAAAGAUGCGCUUGACUGAACGACUUGGUGGCUUCUUCCGCCCCAGACUUCACGAGGAAAUGGACAUCCAGCUCGCCGAUUCUGCCAAUGACCGUCGGACCGCCGACGAAAAGCUCUCGGCCAUUCCCCAACUCCCGGAUCAUACCUGCGACUUCCUAGCUCCCGGUCCUUCAUACAUUGCGCCGGGCUCGGGAUUCGUGUUCGGGGAUGUGGGCAGCAAAAGAUCCCUUCUCAACUUCCUCCCAGCAAAAGCCGCGGCCGAUAUUCUGGUCCGCACUUAUUUUGAGAACGUGCACUUCAUCGCUCGAGUUGUUCACUGGCCCAGUUUUCAGCUGCAUUACGACAACUUCUGGACUUCUGUGCUCGCCGGACUCGAGCCUCCGGCGUGGCAACAAUCCCUCGUUCUUGCCGUCCUGUUCUCGGCCGUGGCGAGCAUGGCUGAGCAAGACGUCACUGCCAUCUUCGCUCGACCGAAGAGCACCAUCCUCGGGAACUUCCAGACCGGGACUGAGGUCGCACUGAGCAAGGCGCAAUUUCUUAGAGCCACCAAACUCGAGACUCUGCAGGCUCUCGUGAUCUAUCUCAUUCCCAUGUGUCGAGAUCAGCUUUCUCGAGCGCAUUCGGUGAUAGUGGGCAUGGCUGUCCGUCUGGGCGAGUGUAUGGGACUGCAUCGCGAUCCCGAAGAAGUCUACGGGCUCUCUCCGGUGGAGUGCCACGUCCGACGCAUAGUCUGGUUUCAGCUGUGCUUCCUGGACUUUCGCACGUGCGAGUCGCAGGGUCCGCGGCCAGGCGUCAAGCGUGAGGACUAUGACACCAAGUUUCCACUAAACAUCAACGACAACGACCUGCUCCUAGCGAAGCCGCAAGAGGCAAAGACCCAGUUUACAGACAUGACCAUGUCCCGGAUACAUUUCGAAUGUACAGAGAUGCAACGAGUCAUCUGGUACGACCGCAUCCGGAUGGAGAAGAAGAAGGCGUCGUUGACGCACGUCUUGAGCAAGAUUGAGAGCUUCCGCAAAGCCAUGGAGGCCAAGUACAGGCCCAUGUUGGAUUUCGAAGUCCCCAUACAGAAGUACGCACAGCUGCUCAUGAAUCUGAUGAUUCAACGCCUCUACGUCAUGGUCCUCCACCGAUACCUGAACAACUUUUCGCAAAAAGUGCCUGAACGGCUUUCCAACCUGACCGUCCAGAGCGGCUUGCUCUCCAUGGAGAAUGCGGUGGCGAUGGAGCGUAUACCCGAGCUGAACAAAUGGAAAUGGUACAACGGAGCUUACCAGCAAUGGCACAUAGCCUUCCUUCUUCUUUCGAUGGUCCACCAGCAGCCGAACCUGCCGAACUCGGAACGGAUCUGGAAUGUCAUCGAUUUUGUCUUCGAGCCCGAUCUAACCCUGUCACGACCGCAGAGAGCCAGAGCGAUUAUCAUGGCAGUCAGAGACCGAACGGCGGUUUAUCGGGACUUGCGCAGAAUCCGCAUUCCGGUCAGCAUGAAAGAUGGUUUGGACUCGCGGCGCCGUGUCCCUGAGACCACCUUGACAGUCAAGAACGAAACCGAGAUCUCACGAGCCGAACCCACAACAAUCUCGUCCCAAACGGAUGCCGGAGCUGGGGAUGCCCGGUAUUCGUCUGAUCAACCGUGGAGCUUCGACACUCCAGCGACAAUGUACUUGGAGAACAAAUACUUGCCGCAGGGGGGGCCAGGGCCCUUUGGACGAUUGGUCCACUCACAAUUCCAGACCUCACCACCGCCCCCACAACCAUCUCCCAUGCAAUCGCCGCCGCAAUCAAAAGCACCCAGUACCGACACGAACCAGAUCUCGCCAGCUCAGCAGAUUGACUUCCACAGUCCCAGUGACUCUGGGACGAACGAGUCGUGGCCUCCUCUCAUCACGACCGACCAAGUAAGCUGGCGGAUGGUCCUGGGCCCGGCCACCCAUCCUUCCCCUCCUGUCCCCGCCAUGCGGUCAGUUCAAAGCCGACAAUCAUCGUCCGGGGGCGGCAGUCCCUUCGGUAUCAACUCGGGCUUUCCGAGUGACCAGAUCAAUAUCCCGCAGCUACAGAACAAUAGCCGGAGCGACUCGGUAAUGCUCGACAUUGACUGGGUAAGUGCGGCCUCGCUGUCCAAUGUGCUGACCCACUGA